GCCAGCAUGCCUUUUGCUCUAGCUAGCUAGCUGUAGCUAAACUCUCUGUGGUCUCACUCUGACAAUCAACAGGUUAGUGUUUGAGUUAAUAUACUGCAAGUUAGUUAGCAUUAAUUACACACACAUGCUUGCGUGAAUUAGCUACCCUCACACAUCUCCUUUGUAUUUGUCUUUAAGUUAUCGUCCUUAGUAACGUUAACCGUUACCCAUCUGGGCUUUGAUUUUAGCGUUUGCUAAUUAGCAUUGAGUUAGCAGGGUUAAGUAUGUUUCCCCUAGCUAGGUUAGCAGUAGCUAACGACUCCUGCACGCGUGUUGGAAACACAGCACAAGUGUCCUUGAACCGAACCGAGUCUUGCAAAUUAAGUUAAAUUAGCUUUAGCGACAAUCCCCGCUGUGCUCGUCUCUGCUACAAAUCCAGUUUAAAUGUGGCGGUUUGCAUUUGUGAAGUCACGACGUGGGAGGCGCAGCACUGAGCCAACUGAGGCUAGGUUGCUAGGCAACAAAUAAUCCAGAAAAUAAGUAUAGUUUUUUUUUUACACUAACGUUAAUCAAAACUUAAUCUUGUAUAUAAGUAUAUGUAGCAGUGUGUAUUACAUAAUAGCACUAAACAGUAAGGUUACAGAAUUCUCAAUAUAAGCAAAUUGGUUAUCCUCUGGUACCUCUUAACGUUACGUUAGCAUAACGUUACCAUUUGUACAGCCAGUUACCAUGGUAACAGUCCACAAGCUAUAGCUAACGCUAGCUAAGACAUAUAACUAGCUAAACAACGCGGAGUAACGUUCGGACAUGUUCGGUUCUGUGCAUCGUAAUUGCAUCAAAUCGUACUAAUGAAACGCUAACAUGCUUUGGUGCUAAAUAACUCAGAUGACGUCCUGCUUUAAGAAAUGGGAGAGCCGCCUGUGGUGAUCCUCCAGCACCUGGUGAAUGGCAGGUAGUGACGGUGCAAAAGCAGCGUUGUGCUCUCGUGUACAAUGAAGAAGAUAUUCAGCUUUACUAAGAAAAAGAAACAGCCGUCUGGUACUCCUGACAAUGGGAGUGUGCUCUCUGUUGGCUAUGAACUGAAAGAAAAGGACCUCGGGAAGGUUCACAAGGCUGCCUCAGUGGGAGAUUUGGCAAAAUUGAAGCAGCUUGCUAAAAAGAAUGAUAUCAAUCAACUUGACAAGGAGAACAGAACUGCACUUCAUAUUGCCUGCGCCAGUGGACAUGUUGAGGUGGUGCAAUUCCUCGUUGAGAGCAAAGCCAAGCUUAACCUAUGUGACAAUCAAAAUAGAUCCGCCUUAAUGAAGGCUGUGCAAUGCCAGCAUGAGCGCUGUGUGAGCAUACUGGUGGAGAAUCAUGCCGAGCCUAACCUGGUGGAUAUCAAUGGCAAUACAGCCUUACAUUUAGCAGCAAAUAUCCCAUCCAUUUCCACUACUGUCCUGUUGCUGGAGCACGGGGCUGACAUCAAUGCUCAAAAUAAGGAGGGAUUCACACCCUUGACUGUGUCAGUCCGUGAGGACCAUAUCGAGAUGGCUGAGUUUCUCCUAAAGGAGGGUGCUAGUGUGAAUUUUAUGGACCAAGGCCAAAGGUCCCCAUUAAUGAUAGCUGCUGGGAAUGGACAAAUCAGUAUGUUGCGGCUGCUCUUGCGGUUUGACGCAGAUAUCACACUAAAGGAUACCAAAGGAUGGUCAGCUGAUGACUACGCAGUGAUGAAUGGGCAUCAUCCUUGUUCUCUCCUGAUCAUUGAGCACAGUACCCAGAGGAAUGAUGGGCCCUCCCUAUCACAUCAAGGUCCGAGCAAAAAGAAGACAAAACCGCUGUUGGGCAGUCCUUCCCAAGAUGUUGAAGCCGGCUUCUCUUUGGGAGGACCAGCCACUGACAAAGAUGAGCAUGGAGCAAAUGAAGCAGGGGGAGAUUUUGAAGACAAUUCUCAGUCGGAGUCACUAAGUCGGGUUUCAAAAAGUGCUGCAGAUGAAUGGGCUUCAUCAGAAGAUGAUAAUGAAUCGGUUUUAAUCGAAAAGAAACCACAGAAGGUAAACCUAAGGAAAAUGAUUGCAUCUAAAAGGAGAGAAGCAGAUGAGCAGGAGAAAAGCAAACACUCAGAGCAGCCUUCAAGUAGUAAAGCGAGAUCAGACUCUCAAGAGGGAAGCCCAGAAGCCGAGGACUCUGAGGAGGAAGCUGGAGAGGAGGAGGAAGAAGAAGAAGAAGAGGAGGAGGAGGAAGAAGAAGAUGACGAUGAUGAAGAUGAUGACGAAGAAGAAGAAGAAGAAGAGGAGGAGGAGGAAGAUGAUGAUGAGGGAAGUGAAGAGGAGGAUGGGGAAGAGGAUGAAAGCGAAGAGGAGGACGAUGACAAACGUGUGGCUUCUGUCAAGGCCAACACUACUGAAUUUGAUGAUGCUCAAAACAUACCUGGUACUGACAUCUCUUACAACAGUGAAACUAGUCCUGGUAUUGUAGCUGAGAAUGUAGGUGCCUCAGAGGAAGGUGCCAAUACUGAGACUGAAAAAGAUGAGACCGUCUGCCCAGCUGGAACAGCAAGUUAUGCAAUUCCAGCAACAUUAGAUGUAGAGGAGGAUUGUGUUGUGUCAGCCAUUAGGGUAGAAUCAAAAUUUUCUGAUGAAGAUGACAGCCUUGGGAAGGAAUGCAUACGGUCAUCAGACCUGGGUUCAACAGGAGGCCCUGCACCAUCCAGACAUCACACAGAAACUUGUUCACCUACUGCUGUUAAGGAGGAAGAGUUUGAAAGAGAGAUGGAAAAGGAUGAUGAUGACUCCUGGAGCAAUAAACAAAACUGCGGUGAUGCAGCGAGAGAUGGCAGUGGUGAUGAUGAAGAGGAUAAUCAAACAGGAGGAUUUGGUCGCAACACCGUACUGGCUAAUCAAAGUAAUGUGGUGCCUGAGGAUGGAUUGGAAAAUACAGACCGUUCUUCUAAUGCUGAGGAUUAUGCUGGGUCAAACAAAGGCGCUUUCAAAGAGGUGAAACGCAGAUCCUCAUGGGGCUCUUCAUUAGAGGACAGUGACACUGACCUACCCAGAGAAAAUGAGGUAAACAAGGAGACGUUUGAUCCGAAAAGUAAUGUUGAAGCAUCAGAGUUACAACCAGAAGCAGCAACACUGCAUUCGAAAUGCUCAUUACCUCAACCAAAUGAAGACCGCCCAGAUACCUCAUGGGAUUCUUCAUCACCAGUAGUACCAUCUCCAAAAUGUGUCUCACCUCAGCCAGUGAUAAAUGAACCUAUGUCCUUAUUGGGAUUAUGUUCACCAAGCACCCCUGAGUCCAAAAACAGAGCAACAAAAGCAACAGUAGAUGAAUCUGAAUGGGAUUCUUCCUCUGAAAAUAAUGACCAAAAUGAUAAUAGCUCCUUCACUAAAGGUGAUGUGCAGUCACCAAUUUCUAAAACAGAUGUUGUAACCGCAAACCAGACUGGAGAGCAGCAGUGUUCUGAUGGCUGGGAAGAAGAUAAAGAAAAUGUCGAAAAAGAGUCAAACAACCCCUCCCCUGCAGCAGUGUCACCGGCACCCGAGGUUGAAAAAACAACCGGAAGCCAAAUAGUUGCUAACGAUGAUGUUGAAUUAAUUGGUCGCUCAUCACAAAUGGAAGGAAAAUUGGACUCAGAGAAUGACAAAGAUGAUGAUAGUAGUUGGGAUGACGAAGAGGAAAGUGAUGAGUCAGAAAAGGAGAAGGCGGUGGCGACAAAGGAUGAUGAAGUUUUAGACUGUGGUAACACCUUGAAGACAUGUCUUUCUACCCCAACCAAGUCGAGGCCCACAAGUGCAAUAGACAAGAAAUUGGAGGGCGAUGAAGACAAUGAGAAGGCCCCGCGAUCUAUUAUUGAUGGAAAGGAUGAGUCUCCAGAGGAUAACAGACUGGAGGAGGAAACGUUGGUGGGGGAGAAAGACAAUCCCAGCAAAGAUGAUGAGAGAAGUGAGGACUCUGACAGCCAGGACCAAAAGCUGCUGUAUGAUUUUGCCAGUGCCACAGUCAAAGCGUCUGGCGGCGACCAUGAACACGAGGCUCGAUUAACUGCAUAUGUUCCACUGGAAAAUGGUGGGAAAAGUGCCAUCGUUCCCCAGACCAGAACGUCAUCAGAUGACCCUAAUGAAGAACCAAGAAGGGAAACAAGCCCUCCCCCUGCUUGUCAACACCAUGAUUCGGACGGGAACACGUUGUCCGAUGAAGCGUUACCUCAGACUGACAUUGAUGGUGUUGAUCUAGACUCGCCUGAUGAGGCAGAGAGCAUAGGCAUGAGGAGUCAAGAGCUCAGAAACAUUGAAGAGCCUGUUGUUAAGAAAGAAGAUUCCACUGAGGAUGAGGAUGAUGAUAAUGACCAAGAGGAGGAGGGAGACGAGGAGGAGAAAGAAGAAGACGACGUCUCAGAUGAAAAUGAUCAACCUGAAGAGAGUGGAGAGUCCCUUGACGCCACUUCACCUGUUCCUGAGACAGAAGUCUCUAAAGAUAAGAAAAGAGAUUUCCUGUCCGAGUUGGGUCUAGAGAAGGGAGAGGAGGAGCAGGAUUCUUGGGACUCUGAGUCCCACUCUGAAAACCUCAAUAUGCCACAUAAAGAGAAACAAAGCUUGCAUACUCAGGAUCAAGAAGAGCUGUCCACUGUUGAAGAAGAGAUUAAAGAAAACUUGUUGUAUAUCCCCUCUUUUUUAAGAGGGGAAGGAGGCAAUAGGAUGGCAGUCCUAGAGCCUCGGAGGAGUGUAGGCAGGCCAAGAGGCAGCCAGGGAGAGGUUGGAAACGACAAUAAUGGUGAUGAUAAUGGAGGCGAACAUGCCGAUGAAGAUGAUACUAUACAGAAAGAGACUGAGAAGGCAAAAUGGGAACCACUUCGUGUUUUGAGCAAACUCGAAGGAGAUAACGAACGAAAGACCGACUUAAUGGAAGAGCUUGGUCUGGGUGAUGUUGAUGAUCUUGAAGCCAAAAAAGCAGAUGCAUCGGACUGGGACUCAGCCAGCACUACCAGUAAGAGAACCCUGCCCAGCCGCAGAAUGCCCUCCCCUGGACUUGAGGAGUUCCCAGAAUGCUCCUCUCCAUCUGUCAAAGAGCAGGAUGAAGUCAUUGCUCCAGCAGCCCCCCUGACACCUCCGAGGAGCAUCAACUCCAACAAGACACUGCCCAGCACACCCCCUCAACCUGCGCCCCAACCACAGCCUCGAGCAAGGAAGAUGGCGCUUCAGAAAUCAGAGAGUGAAGAAGAAUCAGAUUGUGAACCAGACAAUGUGGCGUCCUCUUGCAAUACAGCCAAGAUUGACAAUCAGCUGCCAAACAUAGCUGAGCUUCAGGCAGUGGUUACACCAGGGUCCCCUGAGCUCUCACGGAUGGCAAGAGACAGUAGAAGUAAUCUAGAGUCUGAAAAGCAGCAACAAAAGAGGAUAGAUGAAGCAGUAGAUACAUGCCAGUUAGAUCUGAACCCAUGUCCAUCUGGCCAUGUGGGCUCUGACGGUGGAGAAAAGGAUAAUGACUCUGAAGAUGAGCGCAGUCCUGCAGAAAGAGGUAAAGCGGGUAAUGUCCCGUGGGAGAAUCGUUACGAGAAGCUCUGGGUAGAGGUGGAGAAAAGGGAGGUCAAAUCCACCUUCAAGAAUGUUGCUGGUGAAUUAAAAGAGAAGUUUGGAGAACUGCUCAAAUCAAGACCAUCCGCAGAAGAAGAACAGGCCACGGCCGAAUUUACUUCUGCAGAAGAAGAGUCAAGUGAUGAAGAUGAAGAAGGGGAAGUCAUUGUGCGCCCCAUGGCCAGAGCGAGGAGUACCGUCCUUCUCACUAUACCUGAGCAGAGGGAGUCUGGACUAGAAGACUCUGUGACAGAGUCAACUGACAACUCCUUAUGCGAGAACAUGAUGCAGGUCUGUGAGCCCCUGGCUAGUGAGAGCGUCAUGUGUCCAGAGCCAGAUCUACUCACUGAUGAUGUUCUGGAGGAGUCUCUUUCACCUCAACUCGCCACAGCACAAAGAGACAGCUGCUUAUCUCCUGUUACCACAACUUUUACUGAUAAUCAUACCGUACCCACGUUGGAUGUAGACCAGAGCACAUUCUUAAAAGAUUCGGCCAGACUCGGGCCAUUCCACAAACCACAUCUGGACCGCAUCUGGAAGGACAACAGUGCUAAUGUUGAUGAAGCUGAGAAAAACAAUGCAAGUUCAGACGAGGAUCCUGAAGAACUCACCAAGUCUCGUCCCCCCUCACUAAGCAGACGUUCAGCAUCCAUCCAAGGUGUUUCUGAUGAGGAGCUGGAAGAGGACAUGGAAAGAUUUAAACUUGAGGUUGGCAGGGAGACGACAAGGACUGCUAUGCUAGUGCACAAAUUUAGUACUUCCUGGGAUACUGGUGGAACGGCAUUGGAAGAAGUCGGUCCUGAGAAACCUGAGACCAGAGCAAGAGCAAUUUGCCAGGAACAGCAGCCUGUGGCCACCAAGAGCACCAACGGGGCACCAGUGCAAUUGCAUCUCCCACUGCAGCAGACCUACAAUAGCAACAGACAGGAGGGCCAAGCUGUAGAGGAGACCUUACAGCUGGAGCUGGUCAGAGGGGCCCGGCGCAGCAGAGCCCCUCAGACCAACACUCAUGUCAAUGGAGAUCCUCUCUCUGUGUUUGAUGAUAGCACUUUAAGUGAAGUGUCGGACGAUGAAGGAAGGUUUCCAACCAGCGGGAAACAGAAAACUGAGAACCCUGAAGUUGAGAUGGCAGAAGACUUUGAUGAACUCAGUCAGUCAUCCGACACAGCUACAGAUGACAUCGACUCUCCCACUUCAGGCUAUCGUCACGCAUCCCUCCUCAUUCAGAAGCUGGACUCAGCCACUUUGGACUCGAGAAGCAUGGUGAAACUGCAGAACAUUUUCCACGAAUAUGAGCGCUCCAUCCAAAAGGCAAGGAGUCGCCAUGGGUACCUGGCAGACAAGGUGAGCCAUUUGGAGAUGGAGAGGGCGGAGUUGAAGAGCUCUUUGGAGGAAGUUAAAGAUGUUAAAUCUGCCUUGGAGCGCAACCAGCUGGAACUGCAGACUGAAGUCACAAACCUCAAAUUUCAGCUGAAACAAGAGCAGGAAAAUCGCCGCAACGCCACCAUGAUGUACAACACAACCCGAGAUAAGCUCAGGAGGAUGGAGGAGCAGCAUCAGCUGGAGGUUCAGGAGAGACAAAAGGUGGAGCUCACCCUCAGGAAUCUGGAGCUGGAGAUGAGAACACUGGUCAACAACAUUAAACAGCUUGAAGAGGACCACAGUGAGAGCCAGAGACUGCUGGCUCAGGAGCGCAGUGCUCGGACGCUGCAGGAGAAUCUGCUCAACAGCCAUCUCCGUAAGCAGCAAGAGAUAGAGGACGAGAACAAAAGGAACAUGAGCAAAAGCAAUGAGGCUUUGUCCCAGCUCACUGAAGCCAGUGACAGGGAGAGGGAGUUGCUCCAGCAGACUGCUAGCUUCCAGGAGCAGCUGACCAGCCUGAGAACAGACCUCGAACGCUCGCAGGCCAACAGCAGUCUCAAAGAGAGCCAUCUUUUGGAAGAGAAUGAGGCCCUCAAGGAACAGCUAGAAGACGCUCUUCGAGAUCUCAAACUCAACAGUGAAGCCCUGACCCAAACCGUCUUCAACUGCAAUAACCAGGUGACCACCCUGAAGUCUGAGUUAGCUAUGACAACAACCCGGCUGGAAAAUGAGCGGCAGACUCGCGAAGCACUGGAUGCAGAGGUGGAGUCCACUCGUACCCGCCUGGCUGGAGCCAUAAAGGAGGCAGAGCUUUGCCGGGCAGCUAACGCAGAAACCGAGAGAGCUCUCCUCCGGGAGAAAGAUGAACGCCAGCGUGUUAAAGACAGAUUCACAGGUGAAGCAGCCAAUCAACGCGAGGCAGUCAGCAGCCUGUCACAGAAGCUGGCCAAGGCAGAGACUCGUGCAAACAGCAUGGAAAAUGAAGUUCAUCGGGCCACACUGCAGCUGACGGAGAAGGGCCUGCUGCUGGAGGUCCUGCAGCGGGAGAAGGACCAGGCAGCUUUACGUGUCAAGGAGUUAGAAGCGGCUCUGCAGGCCGAGAGAGAGCUGGUCAGCCGUGCCGGAGCACGCCAAGAGGCCGCGCAGGAGCGACUUGCCCAAACCCAGAGCGAGUGCAUGCUACUGCGGCAACAGCUAGAGGAGGCCCAAAACAAAGGUGUUGCAAAGGAGCGUGCUGUUACAGAUGCCCAAGAACGCUUCAGUGACAUUCUGUCCAAGCUGCAAUCUGACUGCGAAGAGAGAGUACAACUAGUGGAGGAGAGAAAUAAGGAGCUCGCCAGUAAGGCUGCUGAUCUUCGAGAUCAGAUCUACAAGUUAGAGGAAGAGAAGAGCGAAAGAGAGACAAGUGUAAGGCAGCUGCAGCAGGAGCUAGCUGACUCACUCAAGAAGCUGUCAAUGAGUGAAGCUUCUCUGGAGGUCAACACACGCUAUCGCAAUGACCUGGAAGAGGAGAAGGCUCGGCUCUUUAAAGACUUGGACAGGCUCAAAGGAAAGCUGGAGGAAAGCGAAGACCAGUAUGUGCAGGCUGAGAGACGUAUUAACAGUCUAAAGAGCUGUCUGGAUGAAAGGGAGAAGCAACUCACCACUGCUGCUCAGAAACUGCAGGAGGUGCUGUCCGCCUCAGCAGCUUCUGAUACCACCAUCAAACAGCUGGAGGAAGCUGUGCAAAGGCUUGAGAUAGAGAACGCCAGGCUGGAAGCUGCUGCAAAGCAACAGUCCAACAAAAUUGAUGCACUUCAGAAAGGGGCUCAGGAAUUUGCCAUGCUAUCUGAUCGCUCGCCUGGAGGAGGGGUUGGUAUUGUGGAUGUCAGAGGUCAUUUGGAGGACUUGGUUACAAACCUCCAAAGCAGUAAGAUGACUUUGGAAGACCAACUCAGUCGAGAGGUCCAGAAGCAAAGCAUGCUGUCUCACACAGCCCAGGACUCCCAGGCCUUGUGGGAGGAGGAGCUGAAGAGCCGCUCUAAGUUAGGACUGCGCCUGGCAGAGCUUGAAAAGGAAAAAGGAGACCUGAGCACCCAGAUGGAAAUAGAAAAGAAGAAGGCCAAGAAAAUAGCAGAGCAGAAGAAGGCUGUGGACACCCGGCUGGAUCAAGAGAUGAAGAGAAACACAGAGCUCCAAAAAGAAAUGUACAGGUUGCGUACUGUAUUGAAGACUGCAAAGAAGAAAUUGCGGGAUCAGGACACAGGUGGAGCAGAAUUUGGCUCUCCUAUGAGCAGUCUACGGGUGGACCCAGGCAGACACAGCCAAGCAGAGGGUGCCCUUGGACGAUUGAAAGAAAAGGUGGAGGAUCUGCAGAUGCAACUGGAGAAGGAAGGGUCCCGUCGCAGCCAGCUAGAGAAGGUGAACGGGGACCUUAAGGAUCAGCUGGCCUCCCUGAAGAGCUUGAGCCGCAGUAAUGAGCACCUGGAGAGGGGUAAGAGGCAGCUGGAGGAGGAAGUGCUGGACCUGAGACGCCGAAUGGAGGCCGCUCAGAUGGAGCAGAGCCAGGUGGAGCAGUACCGCCGUGACGCAGAGGAGCGGGCCCGUCAGGAGAUCCAACAGAAACUGGAGCAGGUCAACAUCUUCCUGCAGUCGCAGGCAGCAUCCCAGGAAGCACUGGAUCAGAUUAAAGCGACCAAUGAGACCAACCUGCGUUCUCAGCUGGAGCAGAAGAUCCGGGAGCUGGAGGGGGAACUGGGCCGGGCCCGCACCACCCAUCAUGACAGCCUCAACCAAAGAGAAUCCACACGCACGGAGCUAGAGCGAUACCGCCAGCUCUACACAGAGGAGCUGCGCGGCCGCAAGUCCCUGGCUGCCAAACUAGAGAGGGCCAACAGUCGUCUCGCAGAAGCCAAUUCUAAGUUGCUCAACGAGCGCAGCAGGUCUCUGAUCACCAGCAGCAUCGCAAACGGUAGCCUUGGAGGGCCCUCGCUGGACCUGGGCUCUUUGGGUUCCCCAGCACACUAUGGGGCCACACUGGGGCCCCUCAACAGGAGCCUAGGCCUGGGACUCUCCCUCCUCAGCCCUGUAACUGAGGGGCAGAACAGCCGGGUGGAGGACUACCUUGCCAAGAUGCAGAGUGAGUUGGAUAGAAACAUAUCAAAGGAAUUAAACAAUGCCACAGCAGAGCUGGACUCGGCUUCAGCGCGGAUGUCACCGGUGGGCUCUGCCUCCAGGGUGGAGCUGGACCCCGUCAGCAGGGCCACGCAGCAGUACUUGGAGGUACUCAAGAAGAACAAUAUGAUCUGAACACACAUCACAGCUGCUCGCAUUCAUAUGUUGUAUUUCAGCCAAUUAAAAUCCUGACUGAACCAAGGCCAAAGCCACUGCCCAGUCAUAUAACACUAAGAAUCCUACUUUGUAUGUAUUUACUCUUCCUUCUUUUAUGAAAGAAAGCAAACAUAUUGCACAUUGCACUUAACCACUCAGGAGCAAAGGGCAUGACUCAUAUAUAUAUAUAUAUAUAUAUAUAUAUAUAUAUAUAUAUAUAUAUAUAUAUAUAUAUAUAUAUAUAUAUAUAUAUAUAUAAUAUAAUUGAUGGUACAAGUAGAGAGAACUUGGGAAGUAUUUGUUCCGUCUGACUAAUUCUGUUCAAUCUGUAACCGUUUUGUUUCUAUUAGCACAAUAUAUAUAUAUAUAUUAUAUAUAGAAUCAUGGUUUGGAUUGUUAAAUUUGAAUUUGAUGUAUGCAUCAUUAAUAAUUUUGCCAAGAUAUUACAUUUGGUACGUGCCAUCAAAUGGUGCAAUAUCUGUCUUGGUCUUACUUUAUUAGACUCGUUGGAGUAUUGUGUUUAUGAUUAUUUUAUUUAUUCAUGAAUAUUGUUUUUUUAUGAACAUGAUAAUACUUGAAUAAGACGAGCUGGAAUACUCUCUGGCUACUGAAACAGGGUGACUUCAUUUGUACAACUGUCAUUUCAGCUUUUGAUUGGCUUGCUUUUAGGGCCACCUAAGAUUAAACAGACUUUUUGUGUUU